AUGUCGAGGUUAACGCGAAUCCUCUCCCGUCCGGUUGCGAAACCAUAUCGAUCAGGUCGUCUUCCAUCGACUGGAAAACCAUACCUAAAUCAGAAUGGGUACCUCGAUUUCUCGCCCGACGACAUCGAAAACCCGAAGAACUGGUCGCCCGCUCGAAGAUGGUAUAUCACAUUCGUAACCGUUCUGCUCGUCGUUAAUGCCACGCUCGCAUCUUCAUCGCCAUCUGGUGCACUCCAAGGAAUAUCACGACAAUUCUCUGUGUCGACGGAGGCGGCGGGUUUGGUGGUGACGUUAUUUUUGCUCGGCUAUUGUUUUGGACCACUCUUCUGGGCACCACUGAGCGAGUUCUACGGUCGACGAUACAUUUUUUACAUCUCCUUCAUAGGAUAUGUGAUUUUCAACUUCCUGUGCGCCUUUGCGAACAACUUCGCUGCGUUACUUAUUGGACGAUUUUUGACGGGAACCUUUGCUAGUUCGCCACUUUCGAAUAGCCCGGCCGUGCUAGCUGAUAUCUGGGGACCGGUCGAGCGUGGAAAUGCAUUGGCUUUGUUCUCGAUGAUGACAUUCGUUGGUCCAGCCCUAGGACCUGUUAUUUCUGGGUUUUUAGAAUUGAAGAAAGAUUGGAGGUGGAAUUUCUAUGUGCUGUUAUGGUUUGGGGCAGCCACCACUGUACUCAUGUUCACAAUCCCCGAGACGCUCGCGCCUGUCAUUUUGACGAAGAAAGCGAAGAGAAUCCGCAAGAUGAAGAUUCCCGGAUAUGAAGACGUGAAAGCUCCUGUGGAGGGGGAAAAUCGAUCGCUGAUGGCAAUAUAUAGGAUUGCUCUGACGAGACCCUGGAAGAUUCUUGUUGAUCCGAUCAGUCUUAUGGUCGCAGUAUAUUUGAGUAUCGUGUAUAUGCUACUCUACAUGCUUUUCACCAUUUAUCCCAUUGUUUUCCAGCAGAAGAGAGGCUGGAAUUCUGGAGUCGGGGAACUACCACUUAUUGGAACCAUUGUCGGAGCCGCCGUUGGUGGUGCCAUUGUUUUCUGGAAUUCAAGCCGAGACAGAAAGAAGCUAGAAGCUGGACAUGUGGGAAAGGCGGAAGAUCGCAUGCCACUCGCGAUUCUGGGAGGAAUUCUACUUCCAAUCUCGCUUUUUUGGUUUGGGUGGUCAGCAAAUUACAACUCUGUCCACUGGAUAGUGCCGACUAUUGCGGGCGCAGUGCUUGCUUGCUCCUUCCUUCUUAUCUUCGUAUCGUACCUGAAUUACCUGACAGACACGUAUCUGAUGUACGCGGCGAGUGCUGUUGCUGCAAACACAAUCGCCCGUUCGGCUUGUGGAGCUGCUGCGCCGUUGUUUACACAGUAUAUGUUUGAUGCUCUAGGAGUUGGCGGAGGCGCCUCACUCCUGGGUGGAGUAGCGACUUUACUUGCACCAAUCCCGUUCAUAUUUUACAAGUACGGCGAACCUAUCCGUGUCAAGUCGAAAUUUGCACCAACAGACGACAAGCCUGAACCUACACCACAGAGCUCAGAUUUGGAGAUGAACCGCCAAGGAUCGAGCGCAACAGAUACAAGUGACACAAGCGAUACCAGUGAUGAGGAAGUACCUCCAGAACACACUUAUACUAAUGAGGGUGUGGGAUAUGAUCGUGUUGCGCGACCUGACGACACUAGAGAAAAGGGUGCGGGGCAGCUUGACGGAAUGGAUGGUCCUGAGAGGAUUCCAAUUAAAGAUGUAGAAAAAGCUGGGACGUGA